AUGUCGACGAAACAACCCACCUGGACGCCUCCCAAACCCCUCGCCGAUUCCGUCAAGCUGCCCAACCUUUCAGUCUACAACUCCCUGACGCGCAAGAAGGACAAGUUUGUACCAAUCGACCCCGAAGGAAAGACUGUGCUUUGGUAUACUUGCGGUCCCACCGUCUACGAUGACGCGCACCUGGGGCAUGCGCGCAACUAUGUCUCUACAGACGUUGUUAGGCGCAUCGUGAGAGAUUACUUUGGCUUCAACGUGAAGUUCGUAAUGAACAUCACCGAUAUCGACGACAAGAUCAUCCUGCGCGCGCGUCAGCAGCAUUUGCUGGCAAACUUCCGAACAGAGCACCCCAAUGUCGACGAGACUGCCGUAUCUACGGCCCAGGCGGCUUUCACAUUCUAUUUGAAGAAGAAUCUACCUCUCCUUCCCGCCGAAACGACUCCCGAUUCGUACAGCUCAGAGACAGACAAGGCAUACGCAAGGGUUCUGGCAGGAAAAGCAUUGGCAGGGGACAACGAGACGCCAGGUGACAAGGAGGCCAAACUGAAAAUGCACAUAAAUACGGCCAAGUCGGCUGCUACAACCCUGCAACAAGGCUCCUCGCUGGCGCCCGACCAAUUUUACGACGGCGCGGAGGACGUACUAUUACCGUACCUGGACUCUUUGCAUGGCGCUACUGUCGACUCGAAGGACUAUGCGAUCUUCACGAAGCUGACCAAAAAGUUCGAGGACCGCUUCUUCGAGGACAUGCAUGCUCUGAACGUUCUGGAUCCCGAGGUUCUGACCCGAGUAACCGAGUAUGUGCCUGAAAUUGUGUCUUUUAUUGAGAAGAUCAUAGCCAAUGGUUUCGGAUACGCCACCUCCGACGGCUCGGUAUACUUCGACAUAGCUGCUUUCGAGAAGGCAGGCCACGCUUACGCCCGCCUCGAGCCCUGGAGCAGGGGCGAUACUGCCCUGCAGGCCGAUGGUGAAGGGUCGCUCGCGUCUAAGACCACGGUAAAACGUAACGACGCUGAUUUCGCCCUGUGGAAGGCAAUUUUGGGCGAAAAGUUGGAUGUCCAUUCUGGAGGCGUCGAUCUUCGGUUCCCGCACCACGAUAAUGAGCUGGCCCAAUCAGAGGCAUAUUGGAACAGCAAAGAGCAGUGGUCAAACUUUUUCUUGCAUAUGGGUCAUUUGUCGAUCGCAGGCUCCAAAAUGAGCAAGUCACUCAAAAACUUCACCACAAUCAGGUCGGCGCUUGCGAAAAAGGAGUGGACCUACCGAAGUCUCCGUAUUGCUUUCUUGCUCGGUGCGUGGGAGAGCGGCAUUGAGGUGACUGACGAGAUCCUUCGCACGACCGCAUCUUUCGAGGACAAGAUGAACAAUUUCUUCUACAAGAGUACGGAUAUUGCGAGGAAUCAGCAGAACGGAAGCAGUGCGUCUGCUAGCAAGGGAUCUGAGGAAUCAGGAAACGAUCAGAAGGUGUUGGCUGCUUUGGAGAAGACCAAGCAAGAUGUCGACGCUGCUUUCGCGGACUCGUUCAACACACCUGCGGCGAUGAGGGCAAUCUCUGAGCUUGUGACCGAAUUCAACUCGGCCGGGGCUGUUUCAGAUGAGACGACGCUCACCCUUGCACGAUGGAUAACAAGGAUUCUCACGAUCUUGGGUCUAGAUGCAAAGGGCGACUUGAAUGAUGUAUCCCGAGUAGCCUGGUCCGGCGUCGGUAUUCCCUCAGAAGCAGAAGCGUUUGUGUACCCUGUUUCGCAACUGCGCGAUCAAGUGCGACAAGCUGCUCGGACCAAAGAUCUGGACCACGCUUCUUUGGUCCAGAUAGCGGAGAAGGUCAAGCCUACAGAAUCGGCCUCCAGCGAGUCUGCGAAGAAGUACGAGCAGGUAUUCACACAGUUCCAAGCCGACGUCCAGAAACUAGCCAGCGAGAAGGCAGCAGCCAGCGACAUCCUCGCUCUUUGCGACCAGCUGCGCGACACACGCUUGUGGGAUCUGGAUAUUUACCUCGAAGACCGCGACCCGCCACUGCCGGCAUUGGUCCGGCCUAUCGACCAGACCAUCAAGCAGGCCAGGGAGGAGCGCGAGCAAGCGGCCGCUGCCAAGGCUGCGCAAAAGGCAAAGAGAGAGGCGGAGGAGGCGGAGAAGAAGAAGCUGCAGGACGAGAAGGCCAAGCUCAGCCACCUCGAGAUGUACAAGACAGAGGAGUACGUGGAGUGGGAUGAGAACGGCAUACCGACCAAGGACGCCAAGGGCGAGGAGGUCACCAAGAGCAGGAAAAAGAAGCUGCAGAAGGACUGGGAGAGGCAGAAGAAGCUGCAUGAGGACUGGCUCAAGCGGCAAGCAUAG